AUGGCCUUUCCUCCUAAGGUAUACCAGUUUCUGGUGGGCACAUUUGCUGCGCUUGGAUCAUUUCUUUAUGGAUAUGAUCUAACCAUUGUGGCUGAGGUGGUAUCUAGCAAUUCUUUCCUGAACUACUUCAGCCCGACAACCACUGGGAUUGGCCUGGUCGCGUCGCUGCUCACGGCCGGUGCUUUUGUCGGCGCCGGGUUAGCGUACCCGUGCUCGGAUUACUUUGGCCGCCGAGCAACUAUCUUGGCUGGAGGUGUGAUCUUCUGCCUCGGGGGUGGGCUGCAGACCGGUGCGCGGAACUAUGGUUACAUCAUAGGAGGCCGUUUUAUCGCGGGUGUUUCUAUCGGUGUCCUCACCAUGAUCAUUCCAAUUUAUCAAGCAGAAUUGGUACACCCUAAUAUUCGAGGCCUGGUGACCGGACUGCAACAAUUCAUGCUCGGCAUUGGUGGUGUCUGCGGAAGUUGGAUCAGCUAUGGCACCUAUGUCAGUUUUUCGGACAACCGCCAAUGGCGCAUACCUUUGGGUAUUCAGAUUGUGCCAGCUGCUCUUCUGUCCGGUCUGAUCUUUCUUUUCCCAGAAUCGCCUCGUUGGCUCAUUAGCCAGGGUCACCAGGAAAGGGGUCUGCGGACCCUAGCACGGCUACAUGCCAAUGGUAACACAUCGGAUCCUUGGGUUCUUGCGGAGUUUGAACAGAUUAAAUCGCAGGUUGCGGCUGAGAAAGAACACAGCCAGGUCACAUUCUAUCAGUGGAUAAUCGAGAAAUCAAAUUUCCGUCGUCUCCUGUUGGCUUGCGCUAUGCAAGCGGCCACGCAAAUGACGGGAGUCUCCGCCAUUCAAUAUUACUCGGUCACCAUCUUUAAACAAAUUGGUAUUGAUGGAACGGACACCCUGCGCUACCAAGCCAUCAACUCAAUCAUUGGCCUUAUUGGUGAAUUCCUCCUCAUGAUGCUUGUUGAUAGAAUUGGCCGUCGUAAAAUCGUAGUGGGUGGUAAUCUUGCUAUGUGUCUCACAUACGUGAUCAGCACCGUUCUCCUCGCUCAAUUUCCCCCAGAGGUGAACAAUACGGGCGCACAUUGGGGUUUCAUUAUCAUGACAUGGGUUUAUAAUUUCUGUUUUGCCAGUAUGGGAUCACUGUCCUGGAUAAUCCCUGCCGAGAUUUUCGAUACACCAACCCGAGCCAAGGGUGUAGCCUUGGGCUGCAUGGUAUCAUUCGCCUUUAACACAAUGAUCGGUCAAGUGACACCCUUGGGAAUGGUGAAGUCCGGUUGGAGAUUCUACAUCCUUUUCGUGGUCUGCAAUUUCACCAAUGCCGUCUUCUUUUGGGCCACCCUCCCAGAGACGAAACAGGUGCCCCUAGAGGAAAUGAAGAAACUCUUCACGGACAGUUCCUGGUUCAUCGGCAACUCCACUAAAAGCGAGUACCGAGCCACUGAAACCAGUAUACUGGCGCAGCGGAUCGAAAACGAAGGGAUGGAAGACAAGAUCGGAAUGACUGAGCACAUGGAGUUAACCGCUUGA